AUGCCUCACGUUGCGUUAAACGAGGUCAAUAAAUUAUCAAUGCUGCGAGCAUUGGAAAGCGGUCAUUAUCUGAGCAUGAGUUUUCGCUUGGGGGAUCUGUACGAGUAUCCUCUGUUACAUAAUACGAUCAAGCAUUCAUGGGCCGUCAAAACGGCGACUCAGCUUGAGAAGCCUCGAUAUGUUAUCUCUGUUCUGCAGACCGAUCGAAAGAAUAUCAUGUCACGAGAUGGUAGCGUGUUCGACGAUUGUAAUUUGAGUAACAUGAAACUUUAUCUAAAUUCGACGUUUUAUCCGAACGACGAUUUAAAUCUGGAUUUUGGCAAAAAGAGAUACGCCGUUUUAUUCGAUAUGUACGCACGUUUUCGUAGAGCAUAUUAUGGAAUCGAUUGCUUCGAAACGCUACUCAACGUGCUCUCAUUUGUCGAGAAAGGGCCUUUUGUGGUCAUUGAUUGCUCGCGACAAAACGAUUCCGUCAAGAGUGCCACUGUGGACGUAUGCAUAGAAUUUGAGUGCAAGGAGAAUGUGCCCGCAAAUACAACAGUUUAUUGUCUCAUCAUACACGAUCAUGUAGCUCAGUAUAAUCUAUUGACCAACGUAGUGCGCAAAAUCACCUAA